AUGUCGUCCGCGGCGGUUGCUGCUUCGAGAAGGCAGUCAUGUUAUUUAUGUGACUUGCCCCGCAUGCCGUGGGCUAUGAUCUGGGAUUUUACCGAGCCCGUCUGUCGAGGAUGUGUCAACUAUGAAGGAGCCGACCGUAUCGAGUUUGUGAUUGAGACUGCCCGGCAAUUAAAACGGGCUCAUGGCUUACAGGAGGGAAGAUCUUCUCUUCCAGGGAAACCGCAACUCUCGGGUAAAGAGAUGCAGUCGAUCAACCACACGCCUGGAGAUCCCGGAUCACGGCCGCCACAGCCCCUGGAUCGCUAUCCCCUAACCUCCGACAGACCGCCGAGAUUAGGUCCAGAGUAUCAGUCGGGGAGGCAGGCGAACGGCAUUCCUGUUCCGAACGGAUUUCCAAAACCAGACGACCCUCCGGAGCUGAACAGACAGAGCCCCAACCCUCGCAGGACUAGCACGGUUCCCCCAAACUUAGUGCCUUUGGUUAACGGGAACAUGCCCCCCGUACACGCGCUGAACGGAAGACCCGCACAAAUGGGGAUCCCCGGCACGUUAACGGCACCGAGCCCGAGCGAGCUCGGCGCCAAGCGGCCGGAGGACAUGAAAGACAAGCACAGUUUAUCGGACCUCAGCGACGGUCACAAGAGGGCUGAGGAUUGGAUGAACAAGGGGAAAACGGUCAGGGACUUAAUGGCGCUGCAUACUUUCGACAGCAGGUACAAGAAAGAGCAUACGGCCAUGCAGCAAAGAGUGAUGGGAUACGAGCCCAGCGCCACAAUCUCCAAAUCAGAGAGAGGAAAGCACCCCCGAAACAUGAAGAGAAAAGCGUCGCCGGAGCCUGAUGGCGAUGGCGGCCCGGCCAAGCUGAACGGCGAGGGGGGCCAGCCGUGGCUCCCGCCGUCCGCCGAGGUCCUGAAGAUGCCCCCGACGGGGGCGCCCCCCGGCUUCCCCACGCCGCCCUCCACCAUAUCCCCGCACUCCCGCACCUCCCCGCCGGGCGAGGGCGCCCAGAACGGGCAGUCGCCCAUGGCGGCGCUCAUCAUGGCCGCCGACAACGCCGGGGGCAACAGCUCGCCCAAGGACGCCGCCCAGGUGCACUCCACCACCCGCCGGAACAGCAGCAGCCCCCUCUCCCCGUCCUCCAUGAGCCAGCGGCGGCUGGCCCACCGCGAGGGCCCCGGCGGGAUGGUGGGGGGAGGCGCCCCCCACGUCCCGGGCCUGGAGCAGGCGCCCCCGCAAAGCAUUCCGGACUCCUCUGUGCCCAGCAGCGUCCCGCUCUGCUGCACCCUCUGUCACGAGAGGCUGGAGGACACGCACUUCGUCCAGUGCCCCUCGGUGCCGUCCCACAAGUUCUGCUUCCCCUGCUCCCGGGAGAGCAUCAAGCAGCAGGGGGCCACGGGGGAGGUGUACUGUCCCAGCGGGGAGAAGUGCCCCCUGGUCGGCUCCAACGUGCCCUGGGCCUUCAUGCAAGGCGAGAUAGCCACCAUUCUGGCGGGAGAUGUCAAAGUAAAAAAGGAGAGGGACCCUUAACUUUAUUAGCAUUUUUUUUUUUUUUUAAACAAACAAAAACAAACAAAAAAACAAACGUAUAUAUACAUAUAAAUUUACAUGGCAUACCAUCCAAACAGAUAAAAAGAGCUGAAAUGGACUUGUACAUAUUGGACGGAAGGGAAGUAUACACUUCGUAAAAAACAAAAUAAAAAAUAAAAAAAAGACAAAAAAAAAAACAUGGCUGUAUAAUUUUUGAUUUUUGAAUACAUUGUGUUUCUAUAUUUUUGAAGAUAAAGGUAUGUACUCAUUAUAAUGGACUACUUUUUUUCCUCCUUUUUUUGUUGAUGUUAAAAAAAGGCAAAUUAUCGAUGUACUUUUAGGUCUGGUGGCAGUUCCUGUUAAACAUAGAAUGUGACUAAUGCUACUCUACGAGCACUUGGCAAAACUGAAAAAUGCUUCUAGCUGUACUUGUUAUGCACUUGUUUAAAAAAAAAAAAAAAAAUUGCCAAAUACAAUUUCUGACCUUGUAAUAAUAA